AUGAGGGCCUUCGUGAUUUUCUGCGCCCUGCUGGGCUCCGCUCUGAGCCACAAGCUUUUUACUGGUGACCAGGUGCUCCGCAUCACAGCGGCCAAUGAAGAGCGGCUGGCUUUUCUGCAGCAGACCUACGAGCAGGAGAAGCACCUGCAGCUGGACCUGUGGCGGGAGCCACUCAGAGGGUCUCCGGUGGUGGACGUACGGGUUCCCUUCUCCAGCCUCCAGACAGUGAAGGCCUUCCUGGAACACCAUGGGUUCCAGUACGAAGUCAUGAUCCACGAUGUGCAGGCUCUUCUUGACGAGGAGAAGGCAGCCAUGGAUCGCUCCCGCCAAAGGGAGAGGGACACGGGCAGCUUUGAUUACACCUCAUACCACACGCUGGAGGAGAUUUAUGCCUGGAUGGACAGCCUGGUGGCUGAGAAUCCAGACCUGGUUUCCAAAAUCACCAUCGGGCAGUCGUACGAGAAGCGCCCCCUCCACGUGCUCAAGUUCAGCACUGGGGCGGACAGACCGGCCAUCUGGCUGGACACUGGGAUUCACGCUCGUGAGUGGAUCACCCCAGCUACUGGGAUCUGGACUGCAAAGAAGAUUGCGACCGACUACGGUCGGGACCCUUCGGUGACCGCGCUGUUGAACACGAUGGACAUCUUCUUCGAGAUCGUCGUCAACCCCGAUGGUUACGCCUUCACCCACUCCUCUAACCGCAUGUGGCGCAAGACCAGAUCCAUCAACGCCGGGUCAGAUUGUGUGGGAGUUGAUCCAAAUAGGAACUGGCAGGCAAAUUAUGGAGGUCCUGGAACCAGCUCCAACCCCUGCUCUGAGACCUACCUGGGCCCCUUUGCCCACUCUGAGUCAGAGGUCAAAUCCAUCGUGGACUUCAUCCUAGACCAUGGAAACUUCAAGGCCAUGAUCAGCAUCCACAGCUACUCCCAGAUGCUGAUGUACCCCUACGGGUACACCCACGACCCCGCCCCCAAUGCCGACGAGCUGCAUGCCCUGGCUAAGCGUGCAGUGGAAGCCCUGGAGAGCCUUCACGGGACUAAGUAUACCUACGGCAGCAUGAUCUCCACCAUCUAUCCGGCCAGUGGCACCACGGCCGACUGGGGCUACGCGAACGGGCUGAAGUACUCCUUCACCUUCGAGCUGCGCGACACCGGCCGCUACGGUUUCCUGCUGCCGGCCGAUCAGAUCAUGCCCACCGCCCAGGAGACCUGGCUGGCCCUGCUGACCAUUAUGGAGCACGUGCGGGAUCACCCCUAUUAG